AAACUAAACACGUGGUAAACGGCUCGUCCACGCUUCUCCAUAGUGACAUUCGAUUCAGACAGCUUCCUCCAGAUCAGCAGAAUGGCAGUUCGUGCAUCAUUUGAAAAGAAUAAUGAAAUUGGAUGCUUUGCCAAGCUUACUAACACAUACUGUUUGGUAGCAAUUGGUGGUUCAGAAAAUUUUUACAGUGUUUUUGAAGGUGAACUGUCAGAAACGAUGCCCGUCAUUCAUGCCUCUAUAGCAGGAUGUCGAAUCAUUGGGAGAAUGUGUGUGGGAAACCGUCACGGUCUCUUGGUGCCCAACAACACGACAGAUCAGGAGUUACAGCACAUCAGAAACUGCCUGCCAGACUCCGUGCGCAUCCAGAGAGUAGAGGAGCGUCUUUCUGCACUGGGAAACGUCAUCGCUUGUAACGACUAUGUUGCUCUCGUUCAUCCAGACCUUGACAGAGAGACAGAAGAGAUUCUAGCAGACACUCUGAAGGUGGAGGUGUUCAGACAGACGGUCGCAGAGCAGGUGCUUGUGGGUAGUUAUUGUGCUUUCAGUAAUCAGGGAGGCCUCGUUCACGCCAAAACAUCCAUAGAAGAUCAGGACGAGCUCUCGUCACUCCUGCAGGUGCCUUUAGUGGCUGGUACAGUGAAUCGUGGCAGUGAAGUGAUCGCCGCCGGGAUGGUGGUGAACGACUGGUGUGCUUUCUGUGGUCUGGACACCACCAGCACUGAGCUCUCAGUCAUCGAGAGCGUCUUCAGACUGAGCGAAACACAGCCCAGCGCCAUCGCUACUACUAUGAGGGACUCGCUCAUCGACAGUCUCACAUAAAGCAGAACGGUUUUGGCAUCUUAAGAAGAGCCUGAACGGAGCUGGAAGUCAACAUUGGUUGGUUUAAAAGCUUGUGGGUUUUUUUCAUGGACGAACGCACUCUUACCUUCACAACACACACACACACACGUCUUCACUGUAAUAUUCAUGUAUGAACUGCUCGUCAUGCUGUCUUUGUGAAAAUGCCAAGACAAAAUAAAGUGUUUUUAUUGAA